CUCCUGACUUUUCUUUCCUCCUCUCUGCCAGCCUUGCUUCUACAUCCUUGGCGCCGUUUUCUCACCCAAUGACUCGCUAUCAAUGGAAGACAAGCGUGCCCAAACCCUCCAGGCACUGUCCAGUUACAUUGCCAGCCAAAAAGAAUUGCUUGCUCGCACCCAUUCUGAUAUCGAACGACUGCACGAACUACAGAAAAAGGCAUGUUCAAACCCAACGACUGUCGUGGCUAAGCUAGCGGAGGAGCUGAAUGACAGGUCGUUCAAACUAAGUGCCCUAGCGGAGGAUCAUGCCGGAGCACCGCUACAUAUUGAUUGGUCGAUGUACGAUCACCAUGCAGACCCUUCGCCUUUCCAAAACAUGGCCUGCACGGCUCGCAUGACUCAUGAUCAGCGGAAUACACCCUAUACCAGGCAGCAUUCUGAGUUAUCUGAUCUGCAGAAGUAUGUGAAGGAGGCUCGACAGACCAUUCUGGACCCUAUAUUCCAGCAGCUCGACCUGUCCUGGAACCCAGAAGUCAUUGAAACGGCCCAAGUGCACGCGAGCCACGCCGAGAUCAAGAGAAACCUGGAGAGGGACAAAAUACGCGAAUUGAAGCAGCGUAAGAUCACGACUUCCUCAGGGUUGACGGUGUCUUCAUCGCGUGUCCCCAUUGGCCCCGGUGUUUUCAUUCGCCGUGAUGUUGAAGAUGAAAGUAUGGAUGUGGAUAUCUCGCUGGAUGAUUCCGCGCCUUUACUUACAAAACCGACGAUUAUCAUACCACCGUUAUCAGUGCACACCCGCAAGGUGUCUCGGGUGCGCCGUCCCACUGUAAAAAUACAAAUGGAUGGCGGCGGCGGCGGUGGCGGCGAUCUGGACUGCGAUAAUCUCGCUUCUGAUCCCUUGCCGGAGUCCCGGCGGAAACCGCCCAACCCCAAGCGUGAUCUCGCACCAGACCCGUCUGCGAAACCCUCGUUGGGGAAACGAACCCGUGGUCCAGGUAAACCGAAGCCCGAGACAUACAACCAGGCCUGGUCAGUGUCAGAGCAGCACCUCCUAGAGCGGCUACUGGAUGAAAUUCCAGAAGGGGAGAAAAAUCGGUGGAAGAAGAUAUCGCAGGCGAUGGACAACAGACGAACGCCACGUCAAGUGGCGAGUCGAGUGCAAAAAUACUUUGAAAAAUUAAAACGAUUUGGCAUUGGAUGAUGCCAUUACAUCUUAUACUGGAAUCUUAUCAUUCAUUACUACCCCUAAUCUACUACUAUGACGAUCAGUACUCAGUAAUCCAGCUGUUCAUUU